CUUUCGCAUGUCCCACAGUUCCAUUUACAGAUUUUUGGCAUAUUUCGUUUACCUUCAGUAUAUUCGAAGCACACCACACCUUAAACCAGUCGGACUCGUUAGCGGGACUUUCCAGGGUAGAUCUUUGAUUAAAAAGUGCCAACAUUUUGUACGGUUCAGAAAAGAAUUCCCGCUUGCAUACACUGUCAGGAAAGUGAGUUAUUUAACAACCGCUCCUCUUUCCCUUUGUCCUGAAAGGAAAUCCGGAAUCUCUCAUCUUUUUAAAAGUCCCGUCUGUCAAUUAUCGCUUCAAGGCCGAAGUUAGGAGCGAUUUGAGCAACGUUUUCGUUCCCCUCCCACGUCUUACUUUUUCCUUCCGAGGGAGCCUCCUCAGCCCGCCGGCUUGUCCGGGAAAUCCGGACGGCUUCCAAGUGGGUAUCCCGAAGCAGCAGCCGCAGUAGCAGAAGGGGCGUAGUGGAAGCGGACGGGGGGGGGGCGUGAGUUCUGGGCAGAGCGAGGGAGCGAAAGAAGAUGGCGGGGCGGACGCUGGCGGCAUAGGAGCCGACGAGACUGCGAAAUUAAGCCGCUAGGGGAAGCCACUCGCGGAGGCAGGCACGCAGGCAGGCAGCAAGGGCGGGAAUCUUGCUGUGGCUGCUGCUUCCCCUGCUUCCUCGGACGUGGCCAGGGCCGCUUUGAAGGGACAGCUGAGGCGGCGGCUGGGCUGGUUGCGGGGCCCGGCCGGGGUGGAGGCGGGAGGUUGAGAGAAUGGUGAAUCCGGAGCGGCGGCGGUGGUGCUGCUGCAGCCGGAGCCGACUGCUUGUGGCCUCACGCGGUUGGGCCGCUCAUUAGUCAGGCCUGGAGGAGCCGGCGGCGCGGAGCAUUCGGAGCCCCGCGGUCGAAGAGUGGCUGCUGGAGAGACAGCGCUUGCCGCCGAGGCUGCGGCCCCGGAGCGUCGGCGAAGCCAUGCCGUGGCUUAGCGGAGGACGGAGACGGCGGCAGCAGCAGCAGCAGCAACAGGCGGCGGCGCCCGGAGGACCAGGGAAGGGGCAGCCUCCUGUCGUGCCGUCUGCGGCGAUCGGAGGUGGCAGCGGGCCGCGGGGCCGAGAGAGCUCGGAAUUGCCUUUGCCCGCAGGUUGGGAGGAAGCGAGGGACUACGACGGACGCGUCUUUUACAUCGACCACAACACCCGGCAGACUUCGUGGAUCGACCCCAGGGACAGGAUUACCAAGCCAUUGACUUUUGCUGACUGUGUUGGUGAUGAACUACCUUUAGGAUGGGAAACUGUUUAUGAUCAACAGAUUGGUGUUUAUUACAUGGACCACAUAAAUCAACUCACACAAAUUGAAGACCCAAGAGAGCAAUGGAGAAGAGAACAGGAGCGCAUGUUAAAGGAAUAUUUAAUUGUCGCUCAGGAAGCACUUAAUGCCAAGAUGGAAAUUUAUCAAAUUAAGCAGCAGCGAUUUGAGCUAGCACAAGAAGAGUAUCAACAGUUGAAUAAAAUGUGUGAGGAUGACAGUCGCUCUUAUGCAAGUACAUAUUCAGGAUUUUCAACCAACACUAAAUACAACCCGUCUCAGAUUAAAGCAGAAAUAGCUAGUCGACGUGAUAGACUUUCUAGAUUAAAGAGAGAAUUAACACAGAUGAAGCAAGAACUACAGUACAAGGAAAAAGGAGUAGAAACACUACAAGAGAUUGAUCGGAAGAUGUCUAAUUCUCAUAUGAAUUAUAAAUUGGAUGAAGCCCAAGCAAUAAUGAAUGAACUUCGAAGCAUCAGGAAAGCCAUAUGUUUGGGUGAAAGAGAAAGGCAAGAUUUAAUGCAGAGUCUGGCCAAGCUGACGGAUGGAUUCAGAAAUAGUUUUUGCAUUACAGAAUCUUUUCAUGAUCUUCAGCACAGUUCUGAUUCAUUCAAUGACUCCAAUCUAUCUCAACUAUAUUGUGAUGCUUGUUCUCAAACUGACAUCAUUGGCGAGCUUGGAUUGGAAGAUACAACAAGAUAUCUAGACAAAAUGAAACUGAUUUGGCAGUAUGAAGAGACCAAAAAAAGAAUUUUCAGAAUCCAGCAACAGUUGGCUUUACAAGACCAUAAAUCUUGGCCAGGAAUGGUGGAGGCUGAUAGAGAUCAUCUUCAGCUUAUUAAAGAAAAAGAGGCUCUCUUACAAGAACUUCAGCUUAUAAGUCAGCAACAGCGUUCACCAGAAGACCUGGAACACAUUGAGGAGGAAAAAAGACGCUUGGAGGAGGAUAUCCAGCAGGCUCGGGCUACUUCUCCUCAUGGUGCUGCUGAAAGGAUACUUUUACAAGAGAAGAAUAAUUGUUUGCUUAUGCAGUUGGAAGAAGCAACUCGUUUAAGUUCCUAUUUAUGCUCACAAUUGAAAAGUUUAUCUGCCAGUUCUUUGACAAUAUCUUCUGGAAGCAGUAGAGGAUCAUUGGCAUCCAGCCAUGGGUCAUUGGCAUCCAGCAGAGGCUCCCUGAGUUCUGUUAGUUUCACAGACAUCUAUGGUCUCCCUCAGUAUGAUAAAUCUGAUACUGCUGUUGACUAUGGUCAUCAUAUGCAAUAUGAUCCAGUUUCAGUUGAUUUUCAUAACAAAGAUAUACAGUAUCAUGAGUCUAUUGGAUCUCCAGCUAGCAGUAAACAACAAAGAUCUUUAGAUACUCCUCUGUCUUUGGCAUCAUUGUCAUCAAGGUCAUCCCUUUCUUCACUGUCACCUCCAAGUUCUCCCCUGGAUACUCCCUUCCUACCUGCUUCUUGGGAUUCUCUAUUAGUCCACAAGUCAGAAGGGUAUGAAGAAGUAACAUACACAGGUACCUCAGAAAUACUUCGAGCUCAGAGCUCUGUUUUGGGUGAAGACAAAGGACAAGAAAUGGUAGCAUCUAAGGCUACUGAAUAUUCCACAAGAAAUGACGCAUUAUCAAUUAUCAAUAUUCCAAAUUCUGCUGUGACCUUACGUGAAAAUAGCACUAGAAGAUUGGAAAGGAGAUCCAGAAAUGAAGAUGUUGAAGAAUCACUUUAUAAUGAUGGUGUCACUAGUGAAGAGCCCAAAAUGCAGGUUGGAUUUCUGCAUGACAGUGGAAGUGAAUGUCUCCUUAUCCAUGUGUUGCAGCUAAAGAAUUUUACUGGAUUUGCCAUCAAAGAAGGCUGUAAAAUACACGUGAGAAUAUACUUACCAUCUGUUGAGUCAGGCACCACAACCACAUAUUGCUCUAAGGCUUUGGAAUUCCAGGCUUCGUUAAUAUUUAAUGAAGUCUUUCAGGUUCCUGUACAAUCAAAUACCUUAAAACUCAAAGUGCUUCAACUUUACAUUUGUUCACUUGGCCAGCAGCAACAAGAAGAAUUAUUGGGCAUUGCUCAGAUCAGCCUAGCUAACUAUGAGAGUUCUAGUGAGAUGCAGCUUUGCUGGUAUCCUGUUCAGACCUUCAUUGGUUCAGAUUGUGAACAAAAAAAAGAACAACCUAAACAUGAAGAAAGUGCUUCUCAUUCUAUUGAAAAUAAAAAUAUAAUGAAAAUGGAUGCUAUGGCAGAACUGUUAGCUAGGACAACAGCUCAACUGGAAGCUGUGGAGAGAGAACUUGCAGAGGAGAGAGUAAAACUGGAGUACACAGAAGAGGAACUACUACAGCUGGAACAAAAACAAGAUCAAGGAGAAGCUGUGUCAGAGAGAAGCUGGCAAGCAGAAUCAGUUGAUAGUGGAUGUAAUAAUUGCAUGCAGUCCAGUCAUCACUUGGAGUCCUAUUGUGGUGAAUCAUUGCAGAUUCCUAUGUUUGCAUAUCAAACAGAUCAGUAUAUUUCUGGAAGAAAUCAGGCUCCAACUUUAAAGGUGGACAAGGAGACUAAUACAGAAGAUCUUUUUUCUGAAGAAAUGGUUUUGCCUCAUAAAAACAGACUAGGCCGUCGAUCCCGUGGUUCUGCAUUUGUUCGUAAUAAUACUAUUGUUCGCUCACAGACAUUUUCACCUGGUGCACGAAGCCAAUAUGUUUGCCGACUAUAUCGUAGUGAUAGUGACAGUUCCACUUUGCAAAGAAAAUCACCUUUUAUACGGAAUACUUUGGAGAGGCGUAUGCUGCGUUAUAAGCAGCAUUCAUGUAGAUCAUCAUUGGCUGAUCUUAUGGAAAGGACAUCUCUAGACCUGGAGCUGGAUCUUCAGGCAUCAAGAACAAGGCAGAGACACUUAAAUGAGGAAUUAUCUAUUCUAAGAGAAUUGCGGCAGCGUCUGGAGGAUGCCCAGCUUAGUGGUCAAACUGAUCUGCCUCACUGGGUCAUUCAUGAUGAACGAUUCCGAAAUUUGCUGAAGGAAGCAGAAAGGCAGACAAGGCAAAUAAAAUUUGAUCAUCGUCAACAACAAGCAGCUGAAAAAUUGCUUAAAAAAGCUUCCAAAGAAGUAUACCAACUGCGUGGUCAAAAUCAAAAGAUACCUUUUCAGGUGCAGACUUUCCGAGAGAAGAUGGCAUUCUUUACAAUGCCAAGGAUCAGCGUCCCACCUCUACCAGCUGAUGAUGUAUAAAGAAGUAUUUAUCUGCCUUUUCCUAUUUUAAAAUGAAGUUAUUGAACUACUUAAGUUUAUUUUAAAAAAAUAUGCAAAGAUUAUUAAUAUACACAUUUUGUAAAAAAAAUAGAAAAAUAUACAUAUAUACUGUG